UAUGCUGCUGGUUAGUUCUUACAUUGAGAGGUCGUUAAUGGCUUCUUUUGUUGUAAUUGGGUCCCACUUUCCCUCCAAUCCUAGCGGAGAUCCUUUCGAAUCUUCUCCGCCUUCAUCCUCACAAAAUCUUCUUCUUUCUCAUUCAUUUCGCCCACCAAAAACCCAAUUUCUCGAACAAUAUUGAUGAUCGCCUAAGGGUUUCACAAAAUAUCAGUUCUUUAAACAUAUAAAACAGAAUCGAAAAAAUCAGAAGUGAGAAAAAAAAAAAAUCAAAUGAGAGCUAUGAGUUCACGUUUUCUUCUGAUUGAUAUUCAAAGCUCAUGUUAUUCAGCUCAUCAAAUCCCACUUUCAACUCUCACUUAUCUCUCAACUUUCUCUUCCUCAUUUCGUCGGACACGUGGUGUGCACAGGAAAAUUUCCUCGUCCAAAUCAUCCACACCGUCCGCUAUUCACACUCCGGAAGUCCGGAGACCAACUGAUCGGUACAAAAUAAGAAAUGGGUCGCAAUCAGAAUCGGGCAAUUCGGUCUUGGUUUCAACUGGUUCGAGUUCAGUUCCUAAUUCUGAGUUGGAUUCAUUUCUUGAAUUGUUGCCAUUGAGAAUGAGGAGAGAGUUGUGUAAUCAGAAUGAAAUUGGUGAGUUGAUUGAAGUUGUAUUGGACUUGGGUAGGAAGCCUUUGGCUAGGUUUCCAUCUGGGGAUUGGGUUAUUUCAGAACAACCUGUGAAACAUGAGGAUUUAAAGCAUGCCAUAUCAAAGGUUGGAGAUUUUUCUGAUGACAACCGUUCGGGUAUUAAUAGUUCCUUGCAUCGUAUAAGUGCCAUUCGAAACCGUAAAAUGCAAAUUAUUGGCCUCACUUGUCGGGUGGGUCGGGCUGUAUCUGGAAGUGCUGAAAUUAUCCGUGACUUGGUUGAGGGGGGAGGUUCCAUCUUGGCCAUUGGCCCUCCAGGAGUUGGUAAAACAACCUUGAUCAGAGAAAUAGCCAGAAUGCUGGCAGAUGACCAGGGGAAGCGUGUUGUUAUUGUAGAUACAUCAAAUGAAAUUGGGGGAGAUGGAGAUGUGCCUCAUGCAGGAAUUGGACGUGCUAGAAGGAUGCAAGUUCCAAAUGUUAAUAUGCAACAUAAUGUUAUGAUUGAAGCAGUUGAGAAUCAUAUGCCGCAGGCAAUCAUAAUUGAUGAGAUUGGAACAGAGCUUGAAGCAUUAGCUGCCAGCACUAUUGCUCAACGUGGAGUUCAGCUAGUUGGAACAGCCCAUGGAAUGACCAUAGACAACAUAAUAAAAAAUCCUUCUUUACAAAUUCUUGUUGGGGGCAUAGAGAGUGUAACUCUUGGUGAUGAGGAAGCAAGGAAAAGGAAAGUGCAGAAGACAAUUCUUGAGAGGAAAGGACCUCCGACAUUCACAUGUGCUGUUGAGAUGAUAUCUAGGACUGAAUGUCGUGUUCAUCACAGAUUAGAUGCUACUGUAGACACUAUACUGUCAGGAAAAACGCCUCUAUUUGAGAUACGGCACAUGGAUACUGAAGGUGAUGAUUCCCUGAAGUUCACUCCAAUGAAUGGAAAUAACCUAGUAGAAGAAUCUGAGCCAGUGAUUAUUAAAAAAGGUGAUGAAAUAGAUUCUGAUGAAGAGAAUGGAUAUACUCCUUCAAUAUACUUCAAAAAACACAAGACAAGGGGAUAUGUGAAACAGAGGAGUUCACCAGUAUGUAUCUACACUUACAAGAUCCUUGAAGCUCAUCUAUUACAAGUGGCAAUGGUGAUGGGACUUGAGGAUGAGAUAGAGUUGACUGAUGAUAUUGAAACAGCUGAUGCAAUUCUAGCAUCUAGUUCGGAGAUGAAACAGAACCCAUGGAUCCGUGGUGUAGCUAAAUUCCACCAUUUGCCAGUAUUUGUUAUCAAGUCGAAUACACUGGCACAAAUGGUCAAAGCAAUUCGUAUGAUUCUUGGAUUUGAAUCAUUUGGCUCCAAGUUGAAGCAGCCACUCAAAAAUUCCUUAGACAUAGAAAUUGAAGAUGAUGCACCAAAAAGGAAGCCUACCCUGGAAGAAAUUGAUGCUUUGGAGGAGGUCCGGCUUGCAAUUGAAUAUAUUGUUAUCCCUGGAGGAGAGCCGGUGGAGCUUCUUCCCAGAUGUUCUGAAAUAAUUGCUCGGCAGCUAGAGCUUGUCGAAAGCUAUCAGUUGACUGCGGAAAAUUCAGGUACUGAGCUAAGCCCCAGGUUGCAGAUUCUUCCCCUGAGGACAAACAAGAAGACUUCUAAAUCCCAAAAGUCUUGUGCAACUUCAGAAAAGGAGACAAACUCAAAGUCACUUACUGGCAUGGGGGGAGGUACUAGUGUUUCUAGGCUGCCCUUCCUGCCCCAGUAAUCCGAUGAUGUUCACAAUUCAAAAGGUUUCAAAUCUCUGGUUGAUUGAUACCAGUUUCUGUACAGUCACUGUAAAUUAUGUAAGUAAUCCAUGUCAUGUAAUUGUGUAACCUUGUGAAUUAUGUAAUCCAAUUCAUUUUUAAGUUC